CCUCACCACACCCCAACAGUUCGUCGGCAACCGCGGCGUGGGCGAGUUGUAGAGCAAAGAAAGGAUCAAGGGCAUGGCGAGGGACAGAGAAUACCUCUCUACCCCUCACUGUAUCGCCCCUUCGACUCAGCUCACAUGUGUCAAUAGAUGAUCGUAAUCAGUACUAUAUUGAUGGGAGUGACUCCCUGAAGGUGGACUGGUGACUUCGUAUAGGGGCUGGUGACUUAGCAUAGGGGCCAGUGACUUAGCAUAGGGGCCAGUGACUUCACGCAGGGGCCAAUGACUUCGCGUAGGCGCCUCUGUCCACUUCCGCUCCCUUCGGCGCCUUUUUUGUUCGAGGGGCUCUCCACUCCCGCACCGACCAUACCACCCCUACCAUUUCCCCUCGUCUCGCGAUCUCUAGCCAAGCCCCCAGCAUGAGUACUUAGGACAUCGUGCUGGAACUUUCCUAGAUACAGGUAUAUCUGAAACAGCAUUAGCGAGCGCCGAUGAGCGGCCACUACAACUUCCAUGCCGAGGCAGAGGCAGAUGCAGAUGCAGACCGCGAGUCUUCAGCCGCUUCUUCCCUCGUCUUCACUUCUGACGAAGAGGGAGACGAGAGAGCAGAAUCAGCUUUCCCUCGUGAACAGACAUACGAAGGUCCAUCACAGGCGGGCAGGAGGUACGGCAGCAGUAGUCGUAGCGCCAGUAGCAUCUCAGCCAGAAGCUCUGCCCCUGCCUCUGCUGUUUCGCGGGGCAGCUCGAGAUCGCCUCUAAGAGAGGAGCGACCACACACACGGUCACGCCACUCCAGCAGUAGCAUUGCCUCUUCCCCUUCCCCCUCUUCCUCCUCUUCUUCUUCUAUCCCCUCUGCAAGACACACGAGGAAAGCCCAGCGUGUCCGAGCAGCAGACGUGCCCGCCUUCCCAGACAGCGUACCCUCUCUCAGCUCCCUACUCCCGCAAAACCUCUUCGCAUCAGCCGCCGCUUCUUCCUCGAUUUCCCCUACUGCUCUCCCCCCGGCGAGAGUAGCGCAGGCUCUCCACUACUUUGAGGCUGCCCUACGGUCUGGACAGAAGCGCUCGCGUGAACAGGCAGAGAGUGUUCUAAGGCGGCAGAAGCGACGAGCAGCACAGGCGGCGGCAGCGGUGGCGGGCAAGGGUCAGAGAGGGAAGGGGAGGGGAUCGAAGGGCAGAAAAAGGCAUGCAGAUGGAGAGAAUGGGAUAGAACAGGCGGAGUCCGCUGUGGAGGUAGAGAUGCUGGACGAGGAUGGAGAGGGAGUGGUGCACAAGCCCAGGGCCGAGGUCAGUUGGAUCGAGGAGGAGGCCAAGCUGUGGAUCCGAGCAGUAAGUACGCCUCCGCCAAAGGAGCUUUGUCUUUGCAAGUAGGCAAAGGGUCAGUAGCUCACUUCUUGACCAUUCUCCUUCCGUAUGGAC